AUGAACAACAAGAACAACAACAACCCUGCCGGUAACGUUGGCGAAACCGUCGGGGGAGGCCUUAACUUCCUCACCUCCACUGUUGGCAAUACCGUAGGGGGACUUGGGCGUACCGUAGGAAACGUUACCGGAGCUGCUACGCGUGGUCUUGGAGAUACAGUAACCUCCGCGACUGGCGACGCUGGCCGCCCUCUCGGGGACGGAAUUGGCAAUCUGGGGACAGGAGUUCAGGGCGGACUCGACAGCAUCUCCAAGGGUGUCGAGAAUGCUGGACAGUGGAAGAAGCAGUAA